ACAUAAAUUAAUGCACAAAUUAACAUUUUAUUAGCAUAAGCAUCUUGCUUUUAUAGCACACUUGGAGACACACCUAUUAUAUAUCAUGUGCGUCACUUAAUUCGACAUUUCUUUCAAUAACGUAGGCACAUCAACUAUUCUCUCUCCUCCUUUCUUUCAAACAAAAAAACAGAGCAAAAAAAAGUGUUAAAAAAAAUAAUGAAGGAAUUUGCUGUAUUUUCUGAAUUCCAAGAAUUAAUCAUAAUUUCCCUUUUAUUUUGUGGGGUUAUUAGUUCUUUGGUUCAUUUUUGGAAGAAUAAUUUGUGGGUUAAGUCUCAAAUUCAGAGAAAAAAGCUUAGAAAAUAUGGGAUUAAUGGUCCUUCACCAUCUUUUUUUCUUGGAAAUGUUCCUGAGAUGCAGAGGAUUCAAUCUUUGGUUGCUAAAUCUUCUUCUCAUGAUGAAAUUGUUGGCCAUGAUUAUACUUCUACUCUUUUUCCUUACUUUGAACAGUGGAGAAAUCAAUAUGGUCCGAUAUAUACAUAUUCAACAGGAAAUAGGCAACAUUUAUAUGUAAAUCAACCUGAUCUAGUGCGAGAGAUGAGCCAAAGCAUGACUUUACAUUUGGGUAAACCUACUUACGUCUCAAAGGCACUUGCUCCUAUGCUUGGCAAUGGCAUUUUGAGAUCCAAUGGUACUCUUUGGGCUCAACAAAGGAAAAUUAUAGGUGCACAAUUCUUUAUGGACAAAGUUAAGACCAUGAUGGGCUUGAUGAAGGAGGCAGCCCAAGAAAUGUUGGGAAAAUGGGAAGCUUGUAUUGAAGCCCAAGGUGGGUCAAUAGCAGAGGUGAGAGUUGAUGAAGAUUUAAGGGCAACUUCAGGUGACAUGAUUUCUAGGGCUUGCUUUGGUAGCUCUUAUUCUAAAGGCAAGAAGAUUUUCUUAAAGCUAAGGACUCUUCAAAAACUUCUCUCUAAGCAAAAUUUUCUCUUCAAGGUGCCCACAAUCAGGUUCUUGAACACUAAAGUUCAGAAGGAGGUGAAUUCCUUGGAAAAAGAAAUAGAGUCACUAAUUUGGGAGGCAGUUCAAGAUAGGGUACAAGAAUGCUCUAAGAGAUGUUCCUCUGAUAAGGACCUCAUGCAAUGGAUUCUUGAAGGGGCAAUGAACGAUCCAGAUUUGGACAAGGGUUCAUCCAAGCAGUUGAUUGUUGACAAUUGUAAGAACAUCUACUUUGCUGGCCACGAAUCAACGGCCGUGGCUGCUUCUUGGUGCUUGAUGCUGUUGGCAUUGCAUCCUGAAUGGCAAGAUAACAUUAGGGCUGAUGUUAAUCAAUUUUGCAAAAGUGAUGAAGAUCAUGAUCUUCUUGUUCCUGAUGUUGAGACUCUUCUUAAGAUGAAAUCGGUGGCAAUGGUAAUCCAAGAAGCCCUAAGAUUGUACCCACCGGCAGCCUUUAUAUCUAGGGAGGCACUAGAAGAGUUUCAAAUUGGAGAUAUUUUGGUCCCAAAAGGGGUGUGCAUAUGGACCUUGAUCCCCACAUUACAUAGAGACCAAGAAAUAUGGGGUCCCGACGCCAAUGAGUUCAAGCCUGAAAGGUUUGCUAAUGGAGUUUCUAAUGCUUGCAAAGUUCCCCAAGCUUAUCUUCCUUUUGGACUUGGUGCUCGAUUAUGUGUUGGCAAAAACUUUGCCAUGGUGCAAUUGAAGCUCUUGCUUUGCAACAUUGUCUCUAAAUUUAGCUUCACUUUGUCCCCCAAGUAUAUACAUUUACCUACUUAUAGAAUGAUUGUUGAGCCUAAGCAUGGUGUACGUAUUCUUAUAAAGAGAAUAUGAGAACAUUUAGUAGUGACAAAUAUAUUUUAUAGUUUAAUGUUAAGUUUUGAGAAGAAAAAAAAAAGUGUUCUCUCUAGUAAGCUUGGUUGUAUUCACAAGAAGUGUCAUUUAAAGUUAACCAUUCUAGUAGAUGAGCAAAU